CCCACCCCCACCCGGACACCGGCCGGCCGCUCCUGGGUCUGACCGGUCAUGGGCUCUUCCAGGCCAUCGCGUGCUUGAUGGACAUGAACGCGCUGCUGGACCGAUUCCACAACUACAUCCUCCCGCACCUGCGGGGCGAGGACCGCGUCUGCCACUGCAACUGUGGCCGAGAGGGUGAUGGGCAGGACAGGCUCCAGGCCUCCUGGUCCAGGGCCCGGAGGCCAAGGAAGCAGCAGCCCAGCUGGUGUCCGGGAGGGAUCCUGCCCAGGGCUGUGCCCACGGAGCACACCAGCCUCUGCCCUGGACCCUGCACGGUGUCCAUGAACUUUCCUGGGAGCCAGGUACAGGGAGGUGCUGCCGCUCAAGGUGGGCCGGGCCCACCCCCUCACUGUGCAGAGGAGGAACUGAGGCAAGGGGUGGAGCUUGCUCAAGGUCACUCAGCUUGGAGAGCCCAGGCCACACCACCCGCUGUGACCCGCAUCCUGUGCACAUGUAAUGACGGCGUCCUCCGGGCCAUGCAUGUUUGUACGUCCAUGUACGAAAUAAACAUCUCAUGAGACGCGA